AUGCCCUCACCAACACCCUCCCUAACCCUCUACCAACUAAACGGCACCUGCGCCUUCGCCGCCCACGCCCUGCUGAUCGAACUCUCCCUCCCCUUCACACGCAUCCGCAUGACCCGCACCCCAACCACCGGCCUCUUCACCUCCGCGGACGAAACAUUCACACACGAAUGGUACAAGCAGAAUAUCCACCACAUGGGCCUCGUGCCCGCGCUCGUCGUCGACGGGAAGACUCUGACAGAGAACCCGGCGGUUUUGACCUACAUCGCGAGUUUGAGGCCGGAGAGGGGGAUGCUGGGGCGCAGCGAGUGGGAGAAGGCGAAGGUGCUCGAGUGGAUGGCGUGGUUGUCGGGGGUGUUGCAUGGGCAGGGUGUUGGGGGGUAUUUAAGACCGUAUAGAUUCUCCGAUGAGGAGGGGGCGUAUGAGGGGGUGAAGAGGAAGGUGCUGGAGAAGGUGAUGGGGUGUCUUGAGAGGAUUGAGGAGAGUGUUGAGGGCGAGCACGCGGUGGGGGAGGGCGUGACGGUGGUGGAUUUCUUCUUGCAUGUGAUUUGGCGGUGGAUGGGGAAUUUGCAGCUUGAGAAGGGGAGGUUGAGAGGUUUGCGGGGGUGGUGA